AUGACAACUGUUGUUAUUGUUCCCGGAUCGUUCAGCAUUCCUAGCUUGUACGACAGCUUCGUUCAAGAUCUUGAAAAGAAUGGCGUACGUGCCGUCGUUGUCAAACUUGCAUCAGUUGGUCGCAAGGAAACUCCAGGCACCUUGUCCGACGACGUCGAUGCCAUCUCCGAGGUCGUUACACCCUUAUUAGAUGCCGGCCAAGAGGUGGUAUUGCUCACUCAUUCCUAUGGUGGCGUUCCCGGCUCGCAGAGUCUAGAGAAGCUAUCAGACAAAGCAAGACGAGCAAACGGGGGCAAGGGUAUCAAGAAGAUCAUUUACAUGGCGUCGGUCAUUCUACCGGUCGGCACGUCUAAUAUGGACGCGACCAGGGCUUCAAUUCCUGACUGGAUGACCUUCGAGGAGCACUACAUGGUAUUGGAUACCGCCGAAGUCGCCAAAAUUACGUUUUCUGAUAUGCCUGCUGAGGUAGGAUUAGAACUGGCAAAGAAUAUGGACGUUCAGUCCAUUGCCAGUUUUGAGGAAAAGCUGACAUACCCUGGCUAUAAUGACGCCGAUGAAAUCCACUAUAUCCUAUGCGAGGAGGAUAAGGUGAUCCUACCGCAGUUUCAGGAGGCCAUGCUGGAAUUGCUUAAAGCAUCGACCGGGAAGGAUCCGAUUGUUCACAGAAUCAAGACCGGGCAUGCGCCCAGUGCUAGCUCAAGUGGCCUUGUGAUUGACAUUGUAAAGAAGGUGCUUGAGGGGAAAUAG